AUGCCUCAAUUUCUCUUCCACACGCAGUCGACGCAGCCGCUCAUGCAGCAGUGGUCCGGCUCCUCGGGUUUGGGCGGCACCAGGACGCCGGCCACCAUCUUGCCCUUCUCGCGCAUCUUCCUCAGGCGCUCGCGGCGUGCGGCCGGGCCGGCCAGAGGGGAGCCAAACACGAUGCGCGCCUUCUCGGCCGCGUCUGCAGGUGGUGGUGUCGGCGUUGGAGACGUGAAAGAAGGUGGAUUUUCUUCUGAAUUUGCCGGAGCAAGGCUCUCCGCUGGCUCCUUGGGUUCUUGGGCCGCGGAUGACGGCGGGCUCAAGGGGUUGAGAUGUCUGUAUGGCGGAGGAUCGGUGAGGAGGAUGUCGUAG